GUCUUUCUUACUUCUAUUCUAUAGCUGUCUUUUAUUGUCAAUUAUUGGUGUCGAAGGAAUGUCAGGAAACCUUUUGAGACUCACUCCUCUGCUCCAAUACCAAACUCAUCUGUUCUCCAAGAAAUGACUUCAUUACAUCAUUUGCUGUCUCAAGAAGGAUUUGAACGUACAAAUAAGUUGUUUAAAACUGGCAGGAAACAAGUGAAGCUCAGUGAUGAAUCCAAAUCACUACCUAAAUACAUUUGCCAUGAUAUAAAAAGCGAGAAUUCCUUCAAGAACUUGACUAGAAGAGCAAGUUCUGAUUCGAAGAGAAUUGACGGAUAUGAACCUGCAAUGUCAAUGGAUGAAGUUGCUGUUAGAGCUGUUAUAUCAAUACUUGGUGGGUAUAUAGGAAGGUAUGCAAAAGAUUUGCAUUUCCGGAAAAUGAUUCGAAACAAGUGCAAUUCUUGCUUAGCAAGAAGAACAAGGAAAGAUUUGGAUGAUGGGAUGUUCGCCAAUAUGGAGUUGGGAAUAGAAAGUGUUGAUAAGUUAAUUGAAGAUCAAGGAACAAGAAAGGAAUUGAAAAUGAAGUCAUUAAGGAAUUCAAUUCAGCUAUUGACUGUUGUUGCUUCUUUGAAUUCUAAAAAGUCAAGAAAUGCUUCUACUUGUGGAAUUCCCAAUUCCCACAUCUCAGCUUGUGCUCAAUUGUACUUAUCUAUUGUAUACAAGUUAGAGAAGAAUGAUAGAAUAUCUGCUAGGCAUUUGCUUCAAGUGUUCAGCGAUUCGCCUUUUUUAGCAAGAACACAUUUGCUUCCUGAUCUUUGGGAGCAUUUCUUUCUUCCUCAUCUCCUUCAUCUUAAGAUUUGGUAUAACAAGGAACUUGAAAUCCUUUCAGAUUCUCUUUGUCAAGUGGUUGAUAAGGAAAAGAGAAUGAAAGCUCUGAGAAAUGCCUAUAAUAGCCACAUGGAUAUGGGAACCAUUCAGUUUGCUUUGUACUAUAAAGAGUGGCUCAAAGUUGGAGGAAAAGCUCCAUCUGUUCCUGCUGUGUCUUUGCCAUCUGGACAUAGUUAUGCAACUUCAAGAAGAACAUCAGCAGAUUCUUUUACUUCCUAUUCUUCUAUCAACAAAAAAUUAUACAGAGCUGUGUUUGGCCACAUGGCCGAGCACCAAUCAUUGGAGGUUAAUAGUCAAAAUAAAGAUUCAAUGGAUGUAUGGGAUCUAAAACAAGAAAAGAUGACUCAUCGAAGAACAUCAAGUGAUAAUUCUAUAGUUCCAAAAAAACAACUGUGGCAUCAGACACCAAAAUCAGACUUUUUCAGGUUCUUAUCUUGCCAGAGUAUAGUAUCAGAAUGCUGGGUGAAAGGCAAUCAUAUAGUUGGAAGUAGCUCAAUUAAGAACACUGAGCUUGCUGAUAUACCAUUGAGCGAUCUAAGUACGGCUAUUUCUACUAUAUGCUCUUCAGAUAGUCUGACCGACUGUGAAAUUGCUAUUCGUGUAAUAACCAAAGCCUGGUUAGACUCUCAAGGUAAUCCUGUCGUUGAAGAUGCUUUAUCAAAAGCUCCGGUGAUUGAAGGAAUGCUUGAGGUCUUAUUUGCUUCUGAUGAUGAUGAAAUUCUUGAAUUGGCAACAUCAAUCAUAGCUGAGUUUAUAUCAAGAAAUGAAGCAAAUAGACUAAUAAUACUAAACUCCGAUCCGCAGCUUGAAAUCUUCAUGAGACUUUUGAAAAGUAGUAGUUUAUUUCUUAAAGCAGCUGUUCUGCUAUACCAGUUGAAGCCAAAAGCAAAACAGAUGAUAUCAAUUGAGUGGGUAACAUUAGCACUUCGAGUUUUAGAAUUCGGAGAUCAACCGCAGACCCUAUUUACUGUGAGAUGCAUACCUCAAAAGGCAGCAAUGUACUUUCUAGACCAACUUCUAACAGGAUUUAGUGAAGAUAGGAACUUAGAGAAUGCUAGCCAAGUUGUCUCCCUUGGAGGACUGAGCUUGCUUGUGAGGAUUUUUGAGAAAGGAGACAUUGAUGAGAGGAAUAAUGUUGCUAUGCUUAUGUCUUGCUGCAUUCGAGCCAAUAGUAGCAGUAGGAAUUACUUGGCUGACAAUUUGAAUAAGACUGCUCUUCUAGAGCUCAUUGCUUUUGGAAUCCAAAACAAGUCUACUGGAUCUGCUUUUGCUUUACUAACCGAGCUGCUAUGCCUUAGUAGAAGAACGAAAAUGAUAAAAAUCUUAACCGAACUUAAUAGUGGAUGGGGUGGCUUGAAUACCAAACACAUAUUUCUAGUCUAUCUUCAAAGGUCUUUGCCAGAAGACCGACCCCUGGUCGCAGCAAUUCUGCUACAGCUUGAUGUUCUUGGAGAUCCUUUGAAGUCCAGCUUAUAUAGGGAAGAUGCAGUAGAGGCAAUUAUAGACGCUUUGAAUUGUCAAAAUUGUAACUCAAAAGUUCAAGAACAAACAGGAAGAGCCCUCUUGAUGCUGGGAGGUCAUUUUUUGUAUCCAGGAAAGGCAAAAGCAGAAGACUGGCUUUUAUAUGAAGCUGGUUGCCAUGAAAGAUCAAUGGAUUUAUAUUGCAGCAAUGAAACAAUGCAUGGAAGCUUGAAUGAAGAGGAAAAGGCACUAGAAGAUUGGCAAAAAAGACUAGCAAUUGUCUUGCUUAAUACUGGCAACAAGAGAUUCCUAUCAGCCCUAUCCAAUUCCAUAGCAAAUGGAACACAAAAUUUAGCACAGUCAAGCCUCUUCACUGUUUCAUGGCUGAAUAGAGUUUUGACUUCUGUUGAAGAUGAAACAUUUCACUCAGCACAUAAAGCACUUGUCACAGAAUUUCCUCCUGUUCCAUUGAAGCAUCUCAUAAAGAGUUCAGAAUGUGUAUCUAUGCUUUCAACAUUGGAUAAAGAGUUGAUUGACCCUCUUCGAAACCUUCCGUGACAUGGACAGCUAAUCAGCUCAUUAUUUCAAUCAAUCAAAAUGCAGAAUGUUCAAGAACUUUGAGCGAGCCAUAACCUCUCAAAGGUGUUCCGUUACCCAAGUCAAUUCAUGAGUUUUCGUAAAGCCACAAAUGUUGAUAGGUAUAAACCUGUGAAAAAUUAUAGGCCAUUGUCAAUUGAGCUGUGUUUGGGAAGGAGCAGUGAGGAUUCAUCUUCUAAUAUUGGCUGUCAAAAAUAUUCCGUUGCCCUUUAUCUUCAACACAGGGAAGUACACAUUCAACGAUCAGCAUUGGAAGGUUGUUAAUAUGUAAUUAUUUGGAUUGGCUAGAACCGAAAAGGACUUGUCACCCUCACUAUCCAACAAUGCCACCUCAAGUCUUUCAGCCAAUUUCUGCAAGCGUCACAGUCAUUACAAUUGGUUUUCAUAUAAGGCCAAUUACAUGAGUUUUUAGCGGUGUCCUCUAGUGAAAAGAAUAAUUAAAAGAAAAAAGAAAAAGCAUGUAACUCCAAUAAAAAGAAUUGCAACCGUACCCGCGAAUUUCUUU